GAAGGAUAAAUAAAUAAAUAACGGAUACAACUCUAGACAAACAUUUAGUUACUAAGAUGAUUAAAAGACAGAUUUAAAUUAAUGUUCUACAACAGUUUAAAAUAUAUAUAAUAAGUAAAAAUGUUUUAGGAUAUAGAUAGGAAAUGACUCUUAACUUGAUCGCAAAACGUAUUGAGUGAACUUUCCUAAUACAUUCCGGGAGUGAGUUCCAAAGCCGCACAGCAUGCACAGAGAAGGAGUAGGAAACAAAGUCUGUAAAGUGGCGAGGAAUCUCAAGAGUGAGAUUGCUAGAGGAAUGCAAUGAACAUUAUGUAGAGAAAGAGCGGUAGGAGAAGCAUUUUUUAAGAUAAGGCGGAGAGAAUGGGAGAAAAAGUAUAGAAUAAAGAACCGUAAGAGUGUGCAAGUCCCUGCGCCGGCGAAAUAAUAAUGUGUUAAAAAAAUCUAUUUUGUAACUGUCUAUUUUGUGUUUGGUUUGUACGUGGUGUCAUUGUUGACUGAAUAUCAGUGCAGUAGGCUUUGCUUAUUGCUUGUAUACUGAACUGCGGCCAGCUUUGACAAUGCACACCAUGGCACAGACUAUGACAUUGUUUUUUUUUCUGUUCUAUCCUCAUGUUUUUUUUAUUAUUUGAUUUUAAUUUAAUUUUAUUUAUUAUUUCAAGUUGUAUAUUGUGUACGUGACGUAUGUUGUCAAAAUAAAUGAAUUUUAUUCUAUAUAAAAAGCAAGAAAUACAAAAAAAAAUUAAACAAAAUAUUAAUGUUAAUAAAUAAAUCUUAAAUCUAUAUUUUCGAAGGUUCACAGUGUAUUUUCCUUAUACGCGUGACCAUGAAUUCAGUAAGCAAGUUAAUGAUAUAUAUUUAUCUAUGUUAUUUUUAUACUGUAUCUCAUUAUUUUAUCAUUCUGCUCUAAAGGCGUAUCAAUACCUACAUAGUUCGUAUAAUUUUUAUUUUUAUAUUUCUUCAUUGGAAUAGAUCAAUAGGUCUAAAAUAUACACAUUAAUAAAUGUCAUUUAUAAAAAAUCACAAACGUAUAAGCUAUUUAGUUAUGACCUUGCAAUGCGGGCAGACGUCUGUGUGGAUGUAAUUAAUGAAAUUGUAUUUAUUUUGAUAUAAAUUGACCUUAAUUGUGUAUGUAGGUACCUAGUUUGUAGCAAUUGUGAAUAUAGCAGUAUUUUCUAGUCGAAAAUGGAUUAUUUUUUAUUAUUUUGUGUGAUGUUAAUUCAAGUGUCUUCAGUAUUUCAAACUAAAGAAAUACGAAUAAAACGGGAAGAGGACGAAAGAUGGAGCUGGGGUUAUUUUAUUGAUGAGAAAAGAGAUGAUACUCAAGUCAGACUUUCAGACACACUGAAUCAAAAUGUAAAUAAUCCAUGCGAAAAACCACCCCCUGUUAAAGUGCCUGAUUUUAGCGCACCCGGCCGCAGGAUCAGCUACGUGAGUAAGUUAAUUCGUGAUAUAGAGAAUGAAAGUAGAGGUGGUUCUGUGCCUCAGGCUGUGGGUGGACGUCCGGCACUUCCUGGGGAGUUUCCACAUAUGGGUGCCAUUGGUUGGAAAUCAGUUUUGGGUUCUUGGAUAUUCAAAUGCGGUGGUUCUCUUAUUAGUAACAAAUUCGUACUUACCGCGGCGCACUGUUCCAAGGCUUCACAGAGGGACACUACCAUUGCCGACGUUGAUCCUAAGAUUGAGAACAACUUAAAUGAACAUGUGGAUGCCAUAAUAUUGAGGGUCAUUAGGCAUCCAGACUAUAAGCCACCAAAGAAGUACAAUGAUAUAGCUAUUAUAGAGUUACAAAAUGAAGUAACUUUUAAUAAAUAUAUUCAACCAGCGUGUCUAACAAGUGACUCUAAUAUCCCUUUGGUUGGUCAAAAAGCCUCUAUGACUGGAUGGGGAGUGGUGGAAACUGUUAAUCGCACCACGUCUCCGGACCUGCAAGUAGUGAUACUGGACUUAUUAGAUACAAAGCAAUGCGAUGACUUACUGAAGCCGUCAUGUAACAGGCAUUGGUGCGGUUUAAAAGAUCACCAGUUGUGUGCUGGAGUUUUGGCAGGCGGAGUGGACGCUUGCCAGGGAGAUUCCGGUGGUCCUUUGCAAAUCCAAAUGUCUCUUCCACAAAGAAACGACAAGUGUGACGCCGAUAAAUCAUGUAGAAGGAUGCAUCAAGUGAUCGGCGUGACGUCAUUCGGUAUCGGCUGCGCGUUACCCAAUCUGCCUGGCGUCUAUACAAGAGUCUCCAGCUACCUUGAUUGGAUUGAAAAUAUAGUUUGGAAAUAA